UCAUUGUUUGUACAGGUAUUUGGGAUCAUUGCAGACGAUGCGUUACGUUACUGAAUACAGCUUCCGUAGUAACUUACUAACUACUAAUGUUGGUACUAACGUUUACGUUGUUAACGUUAAAUAACAAACACCGACUGGGGCAAGAGAUAAGAUUAAAACUAGGUUAACAUCGAUUGCCAUUUCUGUUGCAAACAUCGCUGCAAGUUGCAAGAACAUAACCUAGUGACGUGGGUCAAUGUUAUCGUUGAAUGACGUCAUCGUACGCUGCCCGAUGUGAGCAAAUCAUUUCUAAUCGGGGGAGAACUUCCACUCUCAGAACUUCCGGGUUUCCUAGGGGGAGCUCGCGAAGAAGAAAUUGUCAUUUAAAAAAAUAUGUAGGCCAAAGUGGGGUGGCUGUCAUGGUAGCUGUGAUGCUGGGAGAUUCCGUGGGGGCGCCACUGAAGAAUGGGAUAGAAGACAUGGAAGUGCAUGGUGCGAUCGAGGGCAUUUUACGUGCUGCAGCUGGAGAGAGGCCUGGCGCUGACCAGAACAGUGAGCUGGGUGAUGCUGAAGGAGUCACAGCGACCACAUCCUCCAGGAAGCGGAGUGCAGUGUGGAUGCACUACCAGAAGGUAGACGAUGAGAGGAAGGCCUUGUGCUUGCUGUGUAAGGAGAAGAUCCAACACCAGAGCAGCACCAGCAACCUCCUGCGCCAUCUACAGAAGAAACAUCCCUCUCAUUUCUCCAAGCUGGAGACGCGCCCUCUCAAACGCACCGGUGGACGCAGGACCUGCUGCAUGAAUACUCCUCAGGCCUCCACAGAUCUGAUGGUGAACGUACACACAGAUAAACAUCAGAGCAACGACACAGGCACCCCAAGCUCAGCUGUCAGCAGCCCGAAUCACCAGCUGAACACAGAACAGCUCGUACAAUCACCCAACCACAGCAGUGACUCUUGCUCAGUCUCUGUGAUGCUGGGAGAUUCGGAGAGGGCUCCUCUGGAGAAUGAAAUAGAAGACAUGGAAGAACAUGGUGCGAUCGAGGGCAUUUUAUGUGCUGCCACUGGAGAGAGGCCUGGCAGUGACCAGAACAGUGAGCUGGGCGAUGCUGAUGGAGCUUCUGCUGCCACGCCUUCCAGAAAGUGUAGUGCAGUGUGGAUGCACUACCAGAAGGUAGACGACGAGAGGAAGGCCUUGUGCUUGCUGUGUAAGAAGACAAUUCACUAUCAGAGCAGCACCAGCAACCUCCUGCGCCAUCUACAGAAGAAACAUCCCUCUCAUUUCUCCCAGCUGGAGACGCGCCCUCUCAAACGCACCGGUGGACGCAGGACCUGCUGCAUGAAUACUCCUCAGGCCUCCACAGAUCUGAUGGUGAACGUACACACAGAUAAACAUCAGAGCAACGACACAGGCACCCCAAGCUCAGCUGUCAGCAGCCCGAAUCACCAGCUGAACACAGAACAGCUCGUGCAAUCACCCAACUACAUCAGUGACUCUUGCCCAGGAUGGAGCGAGGGCCGUGUACUGCAGCGUGACCGGGAGCUAACGGAAGCUUUAAGACGAGUCCAGCGUGAAGAAAGACUAUGCCUGGAACAACAGAGACAGCUAUUGGAGAAGAGCCGUGAGCUCCAGGCAGAAUCACAUGCCCUUUACACAGAAAGAUACACACUCCAGGAGGAAGCCAAGCUGCUACACAAAGAAAAAGAGGAGAUGCAGGAAGAGCGUGCAAAGCUACAGAAUGAGAGGAAGGAGGUGGAGAGGCUCAAACAGGAGUUGAAGGAAGAACAGGCCAUGUGGAGUCAGAGACAGAAGGCACAAUUGGAGUGUGGUGAUUUGUGACUAUUCUAUUUUGUGGUUUGGAUUUUGUUUUAAAUAAAUACACAACAGUGAAAAAAA